AUGGCUUCCACCAUCCCUACAUCCUUCCUGACCAUCCCCUGCGAGCUCCGCAACUCGAUCUACAUCCACGUCUUCACCCCCACUCUCACUCGCACCUCUCCACCCAUCACAGCAGACACCAGUCCAGACCCCAUCGCCCAAGCCCUGAAACCACAAUACGACCACGACGCCUUCAAAUCCGAGCGCUCCCCCGAUGGCCAACUCCAAGUCCUCCGCACCUGCAGACAAAUCCACAAUGAAGCCCACCUGCUCGCGCAAUCCAUGGCCAGCUUCCACGUCGUCGGCGAAGCCUCGCACCCCGACGCCUUCCGCGAGCAAAUCUCGCAGCUCCGCAGCACCAAAGUCUCCGCCAUCCGCAACAUCACCAUCACCGCGCGCAUCUCGAAGCUGCGCGCCAUGAACGAGGCGUGGGCUGGUCUGCCGUUCGGGAACCCUUCGCUGUUCCUCGAUGUUCUUACUGUUGUUCCCAAGCGGCCGGAUGCGAUUUACUCCGCUUACGCGGAUAUUGCGUACCAUGCGCAGGCGCAUACGCUCGCGCAUACCUUUGCCGAGACGUUCAAGGGGCUGCGCAACGUGCGGACGGUGGUGGUGAAGAACGAGGGCUGCUUUAAUGAGUUCUUCUGGGGCCUGGUGUACAAAGGGGUGAUUUUCAGGCUGUGGAACUGGGGCGGGUUUAGUUGUGGAGUGAGGUUUGAUGAGGGCGAGACCGAGGGGCAGGAAGAGGGGGGUCAGUGGUUUCGAGUGUGGUUCAGCGAUGAUGCACGUGGAGGCAACGAUGUCGGGCAUGAGAUGCACAAGAUUCUGGGGGAGGGAAAGAUCCUGCCGGAGCCCGUGGUUCCUGCUCCUAUCUUUUAG